GAUCCGCGUUUUCCUCCUCCUGCGCUGCCUCCUGCCUCUGCCCCCGGGAUGCCGGCCUCACUGCGGCGCCUCUUGCUGCUGCUCUGGCUCUCCGGUGCCACGGCGCUGCUCGGCACUGCGGCUGGACUACUUGAGAGCAGUGUAUCCUCUUGUGUCCAAAUGAACAUUGUUUCAUGAUAUUGGAGUCCAUGAAACACUCCUGGAGGUCCUUGAUCACCUCUCCACCUGAGCAGAGGGAGCACUCAACAGUCCCUUUGCCAAAAGCCAUAGGAAUGUAGCCAGGACUAUUGUGGUUCCUCACUUGGGAUGAUUCUAUAGAACACUGCUUUGUCACUGAUCAGAGGCCGACCCAGAGUUACUUGAUGACAGUAUUUUGAGAAGAAGGAAGAGUCCCUGCUGUGGUUUCAGUCCCUCACAGCAGUUGGGACCAGAUAACUCCAGCGACCAUAGAAAAAGCGGCCCAGAGUGAGGAGCGGUUAUGUGCAUUUAAGGACCCAUAUCAACAGGACCAUGGGAUCAGUGAGAGUCGGAUCUCUCAGGAAAAUGGCACUAUUUUGUGUGUGAAAGGCAGCACUUGCUAUGGACUUUGGGAAAAAACACGAGAAGGAGACAUACAUCUUGUAAAGCAAGGAUGCUGGUCUCAUAUAGGAGAUCCACAAGAGUGUCAUUUUGAGGAGUGUAUAGUAACAACCACCCCUUCCUUGAUUCAGAAUGGAACAUAUCGCUUCUGCUGUUGUAGCACUGACUUGUGUAAUGUCAACUUCACUGAAAACUUUCCACCUCCUGACCCUACUGAUACAACACCUUUCACUGUUUAUCUUUGAAUCUCACUCUCAUCAUUCAGUGUGUGCUUAUUCACUACACACAAUUAAAUUCUGCUCUGAAGCUACAGAUACUACAUUUCCUCAUAGGCUUAUUUGUAGUAUUUAUUACUACAGUAAUUCUUCACAAACAUCAGUGAAUUUCCACAACUAUUUCCAAAGUUACUCUAAGCAUUAUCCAUCUCAUUCUUUUCACCGAGAUGAGACUAUAGUUAUCGCUUUGGCAUCAGUAUCUGUAUUAGCUGUUUUGAUUGCUGCUCUCUUCUUUGGAUACAGGAUGCUUGCAGGGGACCGUAAACAAGGUCUGCACAGUAUGAACAUGAUGGAAGCAGCAGCAUCAGAACCUUCACUUGACCUGGAUAAUCUCAAAUUGUUGGAGCUGAUUGGCCGGGGGCGAUAUGGAGCAGUAUAUAAAGGCUCCCUCGAUGAGCGUCCAGUGGCUGUAAAAGUAUUUUCCUUUGCCAACCGUCAGAACUUUAUCAAUGAGAGGAACAUUUACAGAAUCCCACUGAUGGAACAUGACAAUGUUGCCCGCUUCAUUGUGGGAGAUGAGCGAUUUACUGCAGACGGACGUAUGGAAUAUUUAUUGGUGAUGGAAUAUUAUCCCAAUGGUUCUCUGUGCAAGUAUUUGAGUCUCCAUACAAGUGAUUGGGUGAGCUCUUGUCGCUUAGCCCACUCAAUAACCAGGGGCCUGGCAUACCUUCACACGGAGUUGCCUCGAGGAGACCACUACAAACCUGCAAUUUCCCAUCGGGACUUGAAUAGCCGUAAUGUACUGGUGAAGAAUGAUGGAACGUGUGUAAUUAGUGAUUUUGGACUAUCCAUGAAGCUAACUGGAAACAGACUGGUACGCCCAGGCGAGGAGGACAAUGCAGCCAUUAGUGAGGUUGGUACAAUCCGCUAUAUGGCACCAGAAGUACUGGAGGGAGCAGUGAACCUGAGGGACUGUGAAUCUGCUCUGAAACAAGUAGAUAUGUAUGCACUAGGCCUUAUCUACUGGGAGAUUUUUAUGAGGUGCACUGACCUCUUUCCAGGGGAGUCUGUGCCAGAGUACCAGAUGGCAUUCCAGACAGAAGUCGGAAACCAUCCCACUUUUGAAGAUAUGCAAGUCCUGGUGUCUAGGGAGAAGCAGAGACCAAAAUUCCCAGAAGCCUGGAAAGAGAACAGCCUGGCUAUAAGGUCACUAAAAGAGACAAUUGAAGACUGUUGGGACCAAGAUGCUGAAGCACGACUGACAGCCCAGUGUGCUGAGGAGAGAAUGGCUGAACUCAUGAUGAUUUGGGAGAGGAACAAAUCAGUUAGCCCAACAGUCAAUCCUAUGUCUACUGCCAUGCAAAAUGAACGCAACCUGUCACACCAUAGGCGUGUGUCAAAGAUCAGGCCCUAUCCAGAUUAUUCUUCUUCCUCCUACAUUGAAGACUCAGUCCACCACACUGACAGCAUUGUGAAGAACAUUUCCUCUGAGCAUUCAAUGUCCACUACGCCACUGACUUCAGGGGAAAAGAACAGAAACUCCAUUAACUAUGAAAGACAGCAAGCACAGGCUCGAAUCCCUAGUCCUGAGACUAGCGUCACCAGCUUGUCCACCAACACUACUACCACCAAUACAACUGGGCUUACUCCUAGCACUGGCAUGACAACUAUAUCUGAGAUGCCUUACUCAGAUGAAGCAAACCUACAUGCUACAAAUGUCAUGCAGCCUAUUGGGCCAACUCCUGUUUGUCUGCAGCUAACAGAGGAGGACCUGGAGACCAACAAGCUGGAUCCAAAAGAAGUGGAUAAGAACCUAAAGGAGAGUUCUGAUGAGAAUUUGAUGGAGCAUUCCCUGAAACAGUUCAGUGGACCAGAUCCACUCAGCAGUACCAGCUCUAGCUUGCUUUAUCCGCUGAUAAAAUUAGCAGUAGAGGUAACUGGACAGCAGGACUUCUCACAAGCAGGGAAUGGUCAAGCAUGUUUGAUACCAGAUGUCCCAUCUGCUCAGGUCUACCCUCUACCGAAGCAGCAAAACUUGCCGAAGAGGCCUACUAGUCUACCCUUAAACACCAAAAAUUCAACAAAGGAGCCAAGACUGAAAUUUGGUGGCAAGCACAAAUCAAACUUGAAGCAAGUAGAAACUGGAGUUGCCAAGAUGAACACUAUCAAUACUGCAGAACCUCAUGUGGUAACAGUUACUAUGAACGGAGUGGCUGGGAGGAGCCACAGCAUAAAUUCACAUGCUGUAACAACCCAGUAUGCCAAUGGAGCAGUGCCAUCUGGCCAGACGACCAGUUCCGUGACACACAGGGCCCAAGAAAUGCUUCAGAACCAGUUCAGUGGAGAGGACAGUCGGCUGAAUAUUAACUCAAGCCCUGAUGAGCAUGAACCUCUGCUGAGACGGGAGCAGCAAGUUAGCCACGAUGAAGGUGUUCUAGAUCGUUUAGUGGACAGGAGAGAGCGGCCGCUGGAUAAUGGACGAACAAAUGCCAAUAACAACAAUAGCAAUCCUUGCCCAGUGCAAGAUAUAGCUGCAGUCAGCAUCCAGAGCACGGCAACAAAUCCUAGCCAGACCCAGACCAGAAGAGCACAGAGGCCUAAUUCACUGGAUCUCUCAGCCACAAAUACUUUGGAUAGCAGUAGCAUGCAAUGUGACUCGUUGCAAGAUGGCAAGCCAGGCUCAGGAGAGAAGAUCAAGAAACGUGUGAAAACUCCUUAUUCACUGAAGCGGUGGCGCCCGUCAACAUGGGUCAUCUCUACUGAACCACUGGACUGUGAGGUCAACAAUAAUGGCAGCGACAGGGCAGUCCACUCUAAAUCCAGCACUGCUGUUUACCUUGCAGAAGGAGGUACUGCCACAACUAUGGUGUCUAAGGAUGCGGGAGUGAACUGUCUGUGAAAUAUUUUAAAAGUUGAUAAAAUGACAUUUUUGCAUUAUUUGAAACAAAAAUGCAGAAGACAUUUAAAAAAAAACUGCUUUCUCCUCCUGUCCACAUCCCCUACCAAGGACUCGCUUUAAAUAGAUUUCAGCUAUGCAGAAAAUUUUUAGCUUAUGCUUCCAUAUUUUUUAAUUUUGUUUUAUUUUUUUGAACGUUUUUGCACUUUUAUUUAGUAUCGCUAAAGUUAAGUCUGUCUGUUUUUGACCACAAAAUUAUAUAUAUGUGUAUCAAAAAUGUGGUCUCAAAAUAUUUUUUUAAAAAAAUAACAAAAAAAGUAUUGCUGAUAAUCAGUUUAGACCAGUUUCUAAAGGUCACUAAAAACAUACAGACUAGAAGACAGGUUUGACUGCAGUGGUGUCUUGUAUCCAUGUUUUGAUUUCUGUGCACAAGCUAGUUUGUAUAUUUUUAUGUUACAAAGUGUAUUAUCUUUUGAACUCCCUACUUUUCUUGUGUUACGUUGAAAUGUGCAAUAGUCUAUAGUUCACAGUAAAGUGUGUUUUGAAACCAGCCACACAUUCUCCCCAUCUUUGUGAGUAUUUGUUAAUUUGUCCCUGACAAUUUAGCAGUCAGUCAUUCACGACAGUGAACUUUGCACGCCAUAGCCAGCUUGAAGCAGCUGCCUGUAUCUGUCCUUGUGCUCUAAGAUGACAAUGGAUAAUGCAUGAAUUUUCCCCACCUUGUAAGGGCUUUUAAAAAGGAACAAAAAAUAUGAUUUCAGAUACUUUUUCUUUAAUCCUUUAAACUUCUAUUCAGUUUACUUCAUAACAGAUAUUAUACUAGUUUGGGACAUUCUUAGAAGAAAAACAUAGAACAAAAUGUAAAGGAACAAAAUACGUCAGCCAUUUUUCCAUUUUAUUUUUGAUGCAGCUUCAUUAUUUGUAUUUAAGCAAACUUUCUUAUUGCUGUUAAUGUGUAUUUAAAAGUUUGUUUUUUGUCAGAAAUCCUAAUGAACUAUCCUGCUAAGAGUUCUAGUGAAGGUAGGUUGUUAAGACAUUUUGUUGCCUAGAAGAGUACUGACUUGUGAUUGGCCCAAAAUGGUCAUGUGUUGAAUCUCAGCUUUUACUAUUUAGCUCCUUAGAAUAAAUAUCUAUAUCCGGAGCAAUGUCAAGCACAUUACAUUUGCAAGUUUGUGCAUCUUAAUUGGCUGAUGCUGAAUUAAGUGAAAAUUAUUCUUCCCUUCAAAGUUUUUUUUCUAGACCCUUUCAUUCAGCUUGCUGUUCAAAUUUUAAGCUAAACUUUAAAGAAAUCAUGGUCAUGAGAUUAGUUUCUUUUUUCUUUUCCUAAUGAGAACAUUUAAAAUGUAUGUAACCCUACAUGCACUGAUGUCAGGUAUCAGUGACCGGUAAUGUAAUACCUGUUGGGGUAAGUAUUGAUCUCAGCUUCUUUUCAAGCCAAUAUUAUUAUUAUCUUCUCAGGGCAAUAAUACUGGCUGCUGACUUUAACAGAACUCACUGCCCCCAUAUAAGGACAUUGGCUCAGGAGUAAUUUUGUCUUGCUGAAAAAAAUUAAACACAAAGUAGCUAAAGAACUGUAGAAUCUGGCUUGCUGUGAUACUGAGCAACAUUUUUCACUUGUGUUGGGAAACUGCUCAAAUCCUUAAGGCUUAGAAAAUAAAAAAAACCCUUAACCUGUGAUAAAAAAUAAGUCAGCACACCAAAUGCCAAUAGCAGGAUAUUGGUGGGCAAGAACUGCACACAACCCAUCUUUCUUCAGUUGACUCUGGCUGAAUUUUUGUCCUUUCAAGCCCAGUUAUUUCCUGAUCUUGCUAUCAUACAGUUUCUCCAUGAGAGACCCUUUAUUGACUCUGUUCCUAUACCUGUAAUAACAAAGCCUUUUCUCCUACUCCUUACACUUUCUUGUUUCCUUGUAUCUCUAUAGCUUCUUCUUUUCAUGCUUUUUAAAUGCUCUUGGUCAGAAUCUGCUAUCAGAUAUGUCUUUAUAAAUAUAGACCAGGUUUGGGCAAAAUGCAGCCCAUGGGCUGGAUGUGGCCUGCCAGGCCAUUCUGUCCGCCCAUGGGGCCCCUAAAAAAAUUAGACAAUUAAUAGUUAUCUGCCCCUGGCUGCCUGUCAUGUGGCCCUCGAUGGCUUUCCAAAACUCAGUAAGCAGCCCUCCACCCAAAAUAAUUGCCUGCCCCUGAUAUAGACUGUCCCCAUAUAGUGCACAAGCAUAAAGCAGGGCCAAACUUGUCCUCCAUCUUUUAUCACUAAGCACUGUCCAAACCUUUUAAUCAAAUAGCUCUCCUUCUCUCAGAGACACAAUGCUUUGUUAUGCUGGUAUGCAAAUAUACAACUGUAUUUUUUGGCAGAAAAAAAGACUAAUUUUCUCCAUGUUGUUCUCAUGUCUUUCUCCUGCUUGCCGUCUGCUGCAGGCUCACAUCCCAGACAUUGAAAACUUGCUACUUACUUACAGAUUGGCUUGCCUACACAUUGAUCUAAAUUAAUGGUAUUAUGGUCUUAAUAUUACUUCUAGAUUUUGUCUCUUUCUGUGUUUAUCUUAAUUUGAAAUUCUUCACACUUUGGGAGGUUUCAGCUUGACUGUCUCGAAUAGAAUUCCUUGUUUUUUGCAACAAUUAUCAUAUCAUGCAUGCUAAAGACUGUUCACAUCUCUUCCAUUGACUUUUUGCUUUGCUUUACAUGAAUCAUUUAUCAUUUCAAAAUGUUAGUUUGACAAGCAUCUGUAAGACACUCAUGCUUUUAUCUGACUUGAAACACACUAGGGCAGGAAAAGUUAUUUGCUCUAGCUACUGCUGCUUUUUGCCAAGACUGAUUUGCACCGGUCUUCUAGCCUUUGUUUUCAAGCCAGUCCUUACUGUAAAUUCCAAGAUUUUUAUACUUAAUGCAAUCAAAAGAUUUAAUGAAAUCACUCCGCCAAUGCCUUUCUGGCAUUCUGCAGUUUUCCUUUUUCGUUCACAGAAAUUUUGCUGAAAACCUUUGAGGUAAAUCAUAAUUGUUAGAAGGUUUCUAUUACAUGAUCUAGCACAUAUAAAUACAAUUUCAAUACAAUACAAGUGUGUACACUUUAUCAUAGUAUACCUGGUAAAUCCAACUGAAAUGGCAUCAUUCUUCUCAAGAUCAAUCCAAUUACGUUUUGAAUAGAUACUAGGAUGCUCUAAUUUUGCAGAGGUACAUGAGAUUGGAUUAGUAUAGCUUAAUUUUAAUGUACAAUUGGUAAAGUCCCUUUAUGUCCAGAGUAAGUUAUCUAAACUUUAAAACAGAACGCAGUCCCUAUAAAUUAUAUUAAAUCACAGUUCACAAAAAUACUUCAGGAAAUUACUGUUAAGGGAAUCAAAUUAAGUAGGAGAAUUCUGAAAAUCAAAUCUAUAUAAAUAAUGAAUGUGCAGUAAAUCAGUUUUGAAAAGUCCAGUUAUAUAUAUAUAUGAUGCAUUUGUUGAGUAACAAUACAUCAAAAUUGUGUCUAAAAAUCUCUUCUAUACACAUUUACAUGUAUUUUUCAUAUCCUUUUUCCUGUAGCUAUUAGGAUUAAAGAGCUUUUCUGGAGUAAGCAGAUGGAUAGGAGGAUAUUUUUUAUCUAACCAUCAUAAAACCAAAUGCUUUUCAGUUUUGAAUCAUGCCCACACCAAGAUUUUGACCCCAGUAAUCUUUGUAAAGCCCCAACAUUCUGUUGCUACUAAAACCAAGCAAUUUUUGAUGUGAACAAAAGGCAUAAAGAGGCUAUAAUUCAACUAUAUGAAAAAAACAGAAUAUAGAUGACAUUUGUGAUUUUUACAU